AUGGAACUCAACCGAGAACAUUUUCGCGCCUUAAUUUAUUACAACUUUCAGAGACAAUUAUCGCAACAAGGAUGCCUUGCUGAGUUACUGUCUGUUUUCGACAACGAAGAGCCACAUCAGUCGACAAUUUCCCGUUGUUAUGGAGAAUUCAAAUUCACCCUGGAAAACGCUGAUGCUGUGCACAAACUCAUCAUUGAAGAUAGACAUAUGACAUAUCGCGAGAUUGAGGCAAAAUUAGUUUCUCGUUGGAUACCCCACCUGUUCACUGGAGAGCAGAAAGCAGCUAGGGUUAAUUGGUGUCAAAAAACGCUUGACCGUUUCAAUUCCGGAAACUCAAAAAAUGUGUACAGCAUUUCGGCUGUUUGGCCAACAAAAGUCAUCCGUUCUCGAAGUGUUUCGAAAAAGAUGGUCGCGACAUUUGUGUCAAAAGCGGGUCAUAUUCCAACAAUCCCUCUUAAUGAGCAAAUAACUGUUACUGUGGAUUGGUAUACCACCAUUUGUUUGCCAAAAGUCAUCACCGAGCUUCGAAAAAUCAACUCCGAAGGAAGAAUCAUCCUCGAUCAAGACAAUGCAAGCUCGCACACAGCCCAAAAAACAAGGCAGUAUUUAACGGAAGAAAACGUGGAAUUAUUGGACCAUCCUCCAUAUAGUCCCGAAGAAGCAGUUGACGCAUUCAAAAAUGCCAUUUUGGAUCUGCCAGCAAACUGGUGCAGACAACGGUCACUCUGGGAUCAGGAAUGGAACAGUAUUGUCUUUAGUGACGAGUCUCUAUUUUGUUUAGGCAUGCACGAUGGUCGUGCCAUGGUUAGAAGGCGACGUGGUGAAAGGAGGAAUCCACAGUUUUUUGUUGAAAGACAUGUUCAUCACACUGUUGGAGUUAUGGUUUGGGGUGCUAUAGCUUAUAGUUCCAGGUCACCUUUAAUCUUCAUCAGAGGUAACAUGAACGCGCAGCGUUAUAUCCACGAAGUUCUAGAACCCCAUCUUUUACCCUAUCUUGACACCCUGGCAGAUCCAACUUUCCAACAAGAUAAUGCCCGACCACAUGUUGCAAGAGCCACAAUAGACUUCUUUCAACAUAAUGAUGUCACAUUAUUACCAUGGCCACCAAGAUCUCCCGACUUAUCCCCAAUUGAGCACGUGUGGGAUAUGAUGGGUAGGAGAUUGCUCAAUUUGCAACGUCCUCCUCAGACUCUAGAAGCACUUCGAGAGGAGUUGGUGGUUGCCUGGAAUGAGAUACCACAGGAGGACAUUGACCACCUGAUCAGAAGCAUGCCUAGGCGCGUUGGAGAAUGCGUAGCACAUCAGGGUGCAUCCACACAUUAUUAA